GAUCUGGCAUCAUAUGAUCAUAUUAGCAGUCCACAGCUGAGCCACCGGUUCUAAGUUGAUACGUAUUUUUCUGUACUUUUAACAAAAUGCAGGGACUUUCUUUUGCUAGCAUCAAGAAACAUCCUUCGUUGAUUCCAUUGUACUUCUGCCUGGGUGCGGGCUGCCUCAUGGCUACGCUGUACACGGCGCGUCUGGCCCUCAAGAAUCCUGACGUCUCCUGGAAUAGGAAAGUGGAUCCCAAUGAGGCGUACCGCACCAAGCAGUAUAAAUUCUAUAACACGCGCAUCGACUGGAAGAACUACGAGUGCCCGGCUCCUGAUUUCGAAAAAUCUGAGUGAUGCCGAAAUCGUAACGUCGUUUACAGCUUUGCAUCACAGCCACGCUCUACUUUUGCUUCUGUCUCACGCCACUGUCAUGCCUGUCAAGUCUCUGUCACACGCCUGUUGAGUCUCUGUCACACGCCUGUUGAGUCUCUGUCACACGCCUGUUGAGUCUGUCAGUCUCACACACGCCUGUUGAGUCUCUGUCAGUCUCACACACGCUUGUUGAGUCUCUGUCAGUCUCAUGAAUGGGUUGCUCGCAAUCUCGUUGCGCUCUUAUUAUAUGUUUCAAUUGUGUUGCGUCUGUUCCCUGACCGUCUUUCACAUUUUCACGUUAGGCUUCAUUCUCAAAGCUGGCCUUGUGUAUGCUUGCUUCUGUCUGCCUGUUUUCUUCUGUCCGCCUGUGUUCGAACCUUAAGGGGGGGGGGGUAUACCCUAAUACUUUCGGAUUUGGCUUUUCCGGUUUUUAGUCUCAUCUUGAAGCUGACAUUCUG